GCAUUAGUUUGGCUUCAGUCACCAUUAUUCAUUUGCGCAAUUCUGUUGACUUCUCUGCCUGUUUCCUAUUCAUGCUCUUGCAGGCUCAGGCCAAUAAUAGAGAUUCAGGCAUUGAAAUGAAGAGGAGUCUGCAGAAACCGGCUGGCUCACAGAGCAAGACAGAGGCCAUGCAUGAUGCCAAGAGGCCAGACCUCCAAGGGACGUCCCAGAGCAUCCCACAGUACACAGUAGAUGGAUUCUCGGAUGCUGAACUCAGGAGGUUUGUUAAAUCCUAUGUGAAGUUUGCAGUUCCCUUGGAGCGUCUUGAGUUUGUUGCCCGAGAUGCGCAGCUGGUAGAUAAGUCUCUGGCUGAUCUGAAACAUUUGGGGGAGCUUCUUCACAACAGUUGUGCCUCAGCCAUACAGGGAUAUGAAAAACAGUUGAAAGACAACCCACCAGAAGACAAAGGACCAGGAAAGACAAAAGGUGCCUUUAUUAAGAUCGGUGGUGUCAAAGUGAAUGCCAAAGUCAUUAGCCAAUAUGAACAAGAGAUGGAAAUGUUGCAGCGGACAAUUCCUACUGACCCAGAGGAAAGAGCCAAGUUUUGUCUGACCUGCCAACCCAAAGCAGCCAAUUUUGAUGUCGAAUGGGGCCUGGAGGACGACUCACAUUUACUUCUGGGAACUUACAAGCAUGGCUAUGAGAAUUGGGAGCUCAUCAAAUCUGACCCAGAGCUCAAACUGACCAAAAAGAUCUUGCCAGCUGAGACAGACAAAAAGCCACAAGGGAAGCAGCUCCAAGACCGGGUGGACUACCUGCUGGAUUUGGUCCAGAAAGAGAACAAGAAAAAGGAGAGUGUGGAAGAGAAAAAAGAGGAGGAUGGACAGGAUAAGAGCCCUGCGAAAAAGAAGCAGAAGAAAGCAAACCAAGAAGAUCAAGAGAAACAGGCUGCAAUCAAGAAGAAAAAGGAUGAGAAGGAAGGAAUAAAAACAAAGGACAAAAUAGAGAAGCCCAAAGACAGUAAGGGGAAAGCUGGAGACAAAGGGAACCCAUGGCAGGGCCCUGUCCACGUUACAGCCAGAAGCAAGCCCAUCCCUAUGGCAGGAAAGGAGGAGGAGGAGGAAGAAGAACAGGAGGGAAAUUUAAACGUGGCGACUUUUGACAUUUGCAAAGAGUGGAUGCGGCCAGUCAAGAAGGCCCUGCAUGAGUUUGAAAAACCGGGCAAAGAGCUCUCAGUGCCAGAACAGAUGGAGCACACCCAUCUGUUGAAGAUAGGCGACCACAUCCGCAAGUGCUUGAAUUUUUUUUCUGAAGAGGAGGACAGGGCUCUCUGGCGAUGGAACCUGUGGGUAUUUGUAUCAAAGUUUACUGAAUCUCACGCGAGGAAGUUGCACAGGGAUUACAAGAUGGCAUGCAGAAAGCGGGCCAAGGAUGAGGAGGAUAAGAAGAAGAAGGAGUCGGAGGGAGUCAAGAAGCCAGUUCAGCCAGAGCCUUCUGGGACCAGCCAGGUUUUUGGAGUCCCUCAGAUACCUCCUAGUCCUCCUCAGAAGGUCCAGCAGUCUCCUUCUCCUCCUCCCCAGAUGCAGGGACACCAGCAUGACAACUACAAUGACCCAAACCAAAGACAUUCCAAUGGUGCAGCAAAGAGAUGCAUCUGGCAGGACCAGAAGUACAGCUACUAUCGCAGUGGCAACCGAGCCUGGCGUUGCCUACGUGGAGAUGAAUAUAAACAACCCUGGGACUAUGGAGACCGCCAACCACACAGGGAGCCUAGCCGCAGCUGGGGCAAUUCAUCCUGCAAGCAGCAAGCGGAUCAGUCCAACAGUGACCGAGAGCACUGGGGCCACAGGGACUCUUAUAACAGGUAUGACCAAAACUCCAAGCGGAGACCAUCAGAUGCAUGCCCGUCUCAGAACAAUCCACAGCAGGAUUUUAGACAAGUAUCUGACCCCAGGCUUUCCAUCAGCUACCAAAGCCAGGGGCCUUUAGGCCAUUACCACUCUUGCCAUCCAGAGAAAGCCACUGGUGACAAGAAAAUGCUCCCACCUCCUCAGUGUGAAGUCUCAGGCCCAAGUGCUCCACCUGCAAAGAAGUGCUGCCAUGAACCUCUCUUUGUAUACCGGUCUCCCCUAGCAGGUUUAUAUAAAGAGCCGAAAAGUCUAGGAUAUAACUGGAACUGGAAACCGAGGAGACCCACCUCUGAAUAA